AUGAAAAUCCUACAAGCAAACCUUCACAGAAGCCGUAUAGCAGAUGACCUGCUGUCCCAAAUAGUACUGGAACAUUGCGUGGAUUUGGUUAUAAUCUGCGAACAAUAUAGAGUGAAACAACCCGGUAUCUGGCUGGAAAAUGAAGAUAAGACUGCAGCUAUAUGGAUCCCAGCUACGGGUGACAUACGAUGUCUCGGCGAUGGCAGAGGUAGCUGCUACGUAUAUGUACAACUUAAGGAAUUCACCAUAUUCAGUUGUUAUCUAACCCCGAACGAUACAAUAGAAGCUUUCCAACAUAAAAUCGAUGACAUUGAAGACAUAGCUCGGCAAAUGCAUGGAAGCCUUAUAGUAGCUGGUGACUUCAACUCUAGAGCAGAAGAAUGGGGCAUGCCAACAACCAACAGCAGAGGCCGAAAAAUUCUUAAUAUGUCAGCAAGAGUUGGACUGGUAGUCGCUAACGUGGGCAGAGCUCCGACGUUUCAGCGAAUGGGCCAAACAGGCACAAUACCGGAUAUAACGCUAGUGUCAGAGAACUCUGCGCACAGAAUAUUAGACUGGAAAGUCUUAGACAUCUACAAUGGAAGCGACCACGAGUACAUAUCUUUCAGUACUGAAGGAAGUUCGGCUCAUCAUGUAGGAAAUCAAAUAAGAACUAGUCACCGAUGGAAUGUUAACCGACUAAACCAGAACCGCUUAAUAGGAGAAAUUGACAGGAGUCAAAUCGAUAGCAAUGAGAGAACUAGCGUGGAGAGCGUUGUUAGCAGCACUAUGUCCACCAUAAAAAGAGCUUGUGAUGCUUCUAUGCCAAAGUCUGGCAAUCCCCACAGGAGAGGAGCAGAGGUGUACUGGUGGACAGACGAGAUAAGUGCUUUAAGGGAGACUAGCCUCCGCUAUAGGCGUCAUCUCACACGAGCUAGGAGAAGCGGAAACUUCGCUACACAGGAGGAGGAGUACAAGAAGGCGAAAAAGCUUCUUAAUAUUGCCAUUCGCAUAAGUAAACGAAAUAAAUGGAAAUCCCUCUGUAAUGACGUUAACAAGGACCCAUGGGGUCUUGGGUACAAACUCGUUAUGAAGAAGCUUAGGUCAAGAAGUACUCUGCCAGAUAUAGACGAAGGGCACAUGGACAACAUUGUCAAAACUCUGUUUCCGCCUCAUCCGAUCAGACCAGCUUACACUGCACUGCAGCCGUCUGAGGAACACUUCGAGUUGUUCAGCGAGGAUGAAUUAACUAAGGCAAUAGGCAGCAUGAAGAAUAGGAUGAAAGAAUAG